AUGACCUCCCGGCCCUCAUUGGGCGUCCAGCAGCGACCGCCCCAGCACAAGCUGAGCGGGCCCAGCCUGUCGCAGCGGCCGGCCGCACACCAGCGCCCUGUUCCCCAGCAGCAGUUUCCGCCGCCGUCUCCCAUACGCAAGGAUGGAGCCUACUUUGACUUCAGUCCGGGCGAUACCAGCGAUGGACCCCCGAGUCGUCUCGGCCUCCAGCGCCGCGGCGGUUCUCGCCUCAAGUUGGAGCUCUCGCACGACCCAGUUGACUCCAUGCCGCACGCUGGUAUUGGGGAAUCCCCGAGCACAAUCGAGCCGUCAAAGCCCUUCACGCCCUCGCGCGUCAUGCCAACCACCGACUCCUCCGAUCUAGGAGACUUGAGCCCCCAUCUCUCAACCCACCUGCAGACGGCCGACCAAGACGCCCCUCUGCCCAUGCCCCGGCGCCCCCCUGGCGGCGUCGCCAAUGUGCCACGCCGGGACCCACCGCCGACGCCUGCCGCCUCGGCCAAGAAACCAAAUCCCCCGAAGCCGUACUCGGUCGAAAUUCCAGCCGCCGCCCCUCGCUACUCGAUACACGGUGGUGCUCAGGCGAGAUCGGGCAGCUUGGCCCCGCCACCGCUAGUUGCACAUGCUGAUUUCUUCCCAUGGACCGGUAACCACCCAGAAGACCAGUUUUCAGACAAUGUAAUCCGGAACGGAUACUACGACAAGGGCCUCUUUUCGACUACCGAGACGCAGUCGGCUAAAGCCACGCUGUUUCCAUCCCUCAAGCACAAGACUGGCUUGACCGCGCUUUCCUCCAUCUUCACGGCCAUUCUCGGGCAGAGGCGGCAUAUCGGCCAGAUCACAGCCCCGUCGACCUUCAAGCCCCCUCCUCGAGUCACACUGACUGACACCAAGCGCGAGGGCUGGCUUAAGGACCUGGCCAACUCGGCAAUCUCGCUCCGCCGGCUUAGCCGGACGAUCCCCCACGGUAUACGCGGCAGGGUCCUCUUAGAGCAGUGUCUGAAUAAGAACGUCCCCACCGACCGCGCCGUUUGGCUGAUAAAAUGCGUCGGCGCAAACGAGAUUCGAGCCACCAAACGCAAGGGGGUGAGCACCCUGGUGAUGGGCGGCGAAACAAGAUGGAUCAGGGACUGGACUGUUGCUGUCGAAAGCUUCAUCGAACACGUAUAUUUCUCGUUUGACGAAGAGGACUGGAAGUCCAAGGUACAUUAUACGACCCGACUCGCAGCACACCUUUACGCUGAGCAUCUGUUAGACCGCGAGCAUUACGGCGAGUGGCUCGUCUCCAACCUCGAAAACAGUUCCGAAUCGAGGCUUCCGAUGUGGAUGCUCCUUACGCAAAUGUACUGGAAGGAUCUGCUUAAGCUUCGGAAGUACGGCCGAAGACUGGUCAUGGCUCUUGUCAGCCAUCACAACUUGAUCUACACCCACCCUGACAAAGACAUACUCCAACCCCUGCUCCAGAAUCUAACGCAGUGUCUUAACACUCUGAUCCUGAGCAGCCCGGAGAACUUUCUGUCUCCGCCAACUUGGGCAAAAUUUCGUGAUGUCCUAAAAGCAUGCUUGCCGGCUGGUGAUGAAGCCCGCCACAGCGCAUUUAUGGCCAUCAAUCUCCGGAACGAGCAGCUUGUGGCAUCCGCCAACAGGUCGCAACCGGCUGCCCGGCAUCUUUUGGUGCGGAUGCUGGACGGAACUCUCCAGACGCCGAUGCCGGUUGAGCUCCCCGCCCAGUGUUGGGGCAUCUCGAAGGACAAGUCUGCUUUGGCAAAGGCGCUUCUCGAGUGGUGCACUUCGCUCUACCGCCCCGGGCUGGCAAAAGUAUACGUCACCAGUCGGAUCUUACAGCAGUGGAGCAUAUUAGGCGUUGACGCCACGAUGGCCGUGUUGGAUUUUCUCGACGCUGACGCCUGCGAAGAGCAAGGGCGCAGGCGUACACUGUACCACGUUGUCUGCGAGCUUGUCCGCUCCGGAAAAUUCUCGGUGCCUCGCUAUGUCCAGUGGCUCAUUGCUCGUGGCGGGCUUAGGGACCCCACGCAGGUGCUACCGGACGGGCCCGGACAAACCCGCCUCCUCGCCGAGAUACCGACGCAUGCUCUCACCGCGUCCCAGCUGGAUCUCAGAGGUGGAAUGCUCCGGCGCGCUUGUUUUAGCGUGGCGGACGAGGCGCGGGACGCAGAGUUGGCCAUUCAGCAUCUGAAGCAUACAUUGGGACUGCCGCUCGACCCCGCUGAACCCAUGCUCCAGCGGAAGCCAUUGUCACUGGCCAAGCUAGCCAGGAAGAUUGCAGCUAGCAGUCGGGCUCUAAAGGCCGAAAUCGGUUUCUGGCUCCGCGCCAGUCUCGCCCCAAAUGUCGAGGAGCAGGUCAAGGACGGGUGCCGAACCCCGGACAUAUCACCCACCAUAUUCUACGCUGUCCGAGCCGUGCUCGAAGCUGCCGAGGACUUUUCCAUGUUAGGCGACAUUUUGAAGUCGCUGACCAAGCACUCCAGUGUUGAGAUCCUGGCGGCUAUUGCUGAUACUGUCAACCGGCAUUUCUUCAUCUUCACCGCUUUGGAUGCUUCAAAACCCCUUUUUCACAACCUCCACCAGCGACUCAGGGCGGCCGUUCGUGAGCAGGGGAUCGCCCUUCGUCCGCUGCUAGCCUCUCUUGUUUCCCUCGCCCCCAGGAUUCCUGGCAUGGAGGAGCUGGCCCUGCAGCUGAAGAAGGAUCUAGCGCUGAGCGAUCGUCAGAAUCCGGUAGACGCUUGUUCGCCCGUGUCGGAUAACAUGGUUGCUCAGCUACAGGAUGAUGCCGGCGAACUACACGAAGAGAUUGAGAAACUCCUUGCCGGCGGCUCCAACCUGGACCGGAACACGAUGGAACGCCUGUUUCAGACGGUGGUGCAGCGAUUGCAGGCAUGCUGGGGCAAAGCAAACGAUAAGCAGCGGGCCUAUAGCGGUCUGCUCGGUCGCCUGCGCGUGUUCGACACACAGCACUUUGACGGUCUCAUGGCCAAAUGGCUUUUGUACCUCCGUACGCUCGGUAACCGCCCGUCCAUCCUCAGAAUCUUUCCGCUACUUGUCUCGGUGGGAUGUCUGGACAUGCCCGCUAUCCUGGCAACAGCGUCUGAAGUUCCGGGCGGAGGGGGGGCAAGCGUCGCCCAUACUCUGACGUCGACUUCUAAUGGGCCCCAGGUGGUGCAGAUUACACACCGAACGAGAUACAUGCAAGAAGUGCUCCAGUUGCUCAUGACCCCUAUCCCGCAAGACGACCUGGUGGCAGCAGACGAGUCCUACCGCUUCUCCAUUCUUCAGGAUCAGGCCGUCAAAGAAAAUUCGAAGGAGGUGCUCGGGCUCAUUCCUCUUGCCCUGGCCGAAUAUUAUUACGCAAAAAGCCAAAAUGACAUUGCAGGCCUACCCCUCGACAUUCCGGCCGUCCAAGAGCGGCUCCUCGAAUUGCUCAAAAGCCUAGUGCUGAGGGACCCUGUCGCGGUAGCCCGGGCGCUAAACGCCAAGAAUCCUAAUCCUCAGGUCAGUGGUUGGGCCGACCACGUAACAACCACGCUGUUGAUCCCUACUUGCGGUGGGCACGCGCACGUCACUUUUGACCAGGUCUUGGAGCUCACAAAUGAGUUUACCCUGCCGUUCUGCCAAGUGAAGCUCGCGUUGAGCCUCAACUCAAACGAACAAAGCAGCCAAGAGGCCGUCGACCGGCAGCAGUCGCACGUCGAGCUUUUUGCAAACGCCAUGGACAAGGCCAUCGGCGCGGGCAAUAUCUCGUGGGUUGGAAUGCUGAGCUGCCUCAGCGCCGACAUCACGCAGCAUCUCAAAGUGCGCGCCCAGCACCAUUUUCUCAGUCUCUUGCCGUCAGUGAAGAACCCACCCGUGACGGACCCAGCAGCCCUCAGCCAGACACUGCAGAUGGCAGAGAAUCUGUUGGCAGUCCUCGACGCCAUCACACGCGGCGGGCCAGCAGGAACCAGGCAGGCUCAUCUGCCUCCGACAGUAGUGGACAAGGUGGUAGACCUGUGGGAACUCCUCGCCUCUCCAUCGGCCGAAGCCGACCCGAGUGAGUCCGGUGUCAAGUCGGCUGUGCUCAACCACUUUCUGCCCCUCACGCUCAACUUCAUCACCCUCCUCGCGCACGGCUUACCGCCUCCAUCAACCUCCACUCCCGCCACCUCCUCAGCGCCCCCAGGCGACCUGAGCAGCAGUGGAAAACAAGCACAACAGCCCCAGCCCCAGCCCCAGCCCCCCAAUGGUUACGACGUCCGCGCUAAGCUCUUGGUUGCCUGCGCCGGGCUCUUGCAAGAGCUGGACGUCCUGCACGCACCAGGCGGGGCGGACACAGUGGCCCUGGCAAGACGCCUCUUUGACCUGUCGUGCCUGCUGGUGGACAAUCUCGGGGAGGAAGCGCGGGCCAUGUGCGUGCGUGCGCUGGGGGGUUCGGGCGCGGCGGCGGCGCAGGACCCGAGGCUGGCGUACAUCUUCUCAUUUGCCGCUGAUGGGAGCGAAGGGCUGGGCCUCUGCCAGCGGGAGAGGAUGGUGGUGCCCGGCGGUAGUAAUAAUAAUCAUAAUAACAAGGGGGCGGCGACCCCGUCGACCAGCAGCAGCAUGACUCAGCAGCCCCAGCCCAUGUUUGGGUCGCUGCUGGGCACGCCUGCGUCGCUCUGGGGCGGCCAGAUGGCGGGCGGCGCUGAGCGGCUGAGCGUGUUCCACUUCCGCCGCUGGGAGUUGCUGAAUGAGCCUACGCCGAAUGUGGGCGAGAACGAUACGGCGCUGAGCCUGGGGCUUUUUGAGGCCAGGAGGGUGCAGUAG